AUCACUCAUUCACGUAGUUGAGAAGACGCGAAUUUUGUCCAAAAUAAAAAGAGAAUCUUCAGCAAAAAAAUGCGUUCUGUGCGCAAUGAGAAUCCUGAUGAUAAAUUCGUGUGCCUCCUGAAGGCCAAUAGUUGCCUCUGGGAUCCCAAUCAUAAGGAUUACAAGAAUACAGCGGUAAGGCAGCGAGCUUGGAAGUAUGUUGCUGAACGGGCUAGUUGGUCAGUUCCCAAAUGUAGGAAUAAGUACAAAGAAUUGAGAGAUAAGUAUCGGAAUGAGAUUCGAGGGAAACGAGCUGUCAAUGGUGGGGAAUCUGUCGCGAAGCAAUUGGACUUUUUGAGGAAAUCCUUCAAGAAUCUUCCCAUUGUGAGCACAACAACAGCGUCGAAGGAUCUCAACGUUCAUGUUAAUUCAUCUGUGCGAUCUCUGAGAUCUACUCCAUGUAUUCAGCAAAGCGAUCAAACUGUGGUGGAUCCCCUUUUUCUCGAUAUGGAUCAACUCUCUAAUGCCUCCUUGAAGAUUGAGGACUUUCCCAGCGAUCUGGCAUCAUUGAGGAUCUUAGAUCCAACGGAAGUCUUUGUAAAUGGCUCAAAGGAAGUUCCCGAAAAAAAUGAGGAGUUUGAUGAGAUGCCUUUGGUGUGUCCUCUGAGGACAAAGGGGGCACGAAAGGAAACAGAUGAAGCAAGAAUUCCUGCAGUUGUACCGCAGAGUAGUCAACAGAGCUACCAACCAUCGGGAUUUGCUCUGGCGAUAGAUGAAAAGUUGAAACUUUUGCCACCCAGAGAGAGGAAUCUUCUGGAGAAGAAGAUCUUUGUCCUCGUUGCAGAUGAAGUUGAUAAGAUAUUUCAAUAAAUUCUCGCAGAAUUUAUAGAAUAUGAGACAAUUGGCAAUUUCUCUCGUAUUUUUUUUUUAUUAAAUGAAUUUUCAUUAAGAUUUAGAUCUUUAGCGUAUGUAAUUAAGAAUAAGUACAAAAGACAAUUUAUAUCAAUAUUAUAGACUAGUCAGAUAGAUUUAAUUUUUAUCUUUUUUUCAUUCAAUUAAAAAAAAUUAUUUUAGAAUUAAUUUAAAUUUAUUCUGAUGCAAUUUCAUUAUUCAAAACAUGUUCCUCUGUAAAGUUGAAAUUCUUUCACAUGGGAACAAGGUAUUAAAUGCCAUUUAUAUAAUGUUUAAGAAAAUAUAAAAUGUACAAUUUAUAAAUAUUUUCAAGUUUUAUAAACAAGUUUCAAGUGCAAGCAAUGGGAAGGAGAAUAAUCUUCACAAAACUGGAGUAAGUUUGAGAAUUUAAUUCAUCUUGAGAUAAACAAACAACUAUGUAUAACUUUAUCUAUUUUAUUGGAUUGUAAAUAAAAUAUUUUUUUCUUCAAUAAACUUUUUUUUUCAAUUAAAUAAA